AGGGACCGGCGCCUCAGGAGUGCGGCGGUAGCUGAGUGCUGUCACCAUGUCUUCUUUGCAGGCUGAUUUUGAUAGGAUUGCAGAAGAUGUGAGGAAGCUGAAAACAAGACCAGAUGAUGAAGAACUGAAAGAACUCUAUGGGCUCUACAAACAAUCUGUAGUUGGAGACAUUAAUAUUGAGUGUCCAGGAAUGUUAGAUUUAAAAGGCAAGGCUAAAUGGGAAGCAUGGAACCUCCAAAAAGGGCGGUUGAAGGAAGAUGCCAUGAGUGCCUAUAUUUCUAAAGCAAAAGAGCUGAUAGAAAAAUAUGGAAUUUAAAGUUCAUCUAUGAGAAAGUUUUUCUUUUGAAGCCUUCAUAAUGGUAUCAUUUCUUAACAUCUAAGGAAGAAAUGCACUGUUAACUCUUUUCAUGUCACGAGUAUGUUUGCUGUUAACAUGAAUUGUAAUCCUUAAUUAGAGGUAUGCUGAAACUAUUUAAUGACAUUUUACUUGCUAAAACCAGGGGAUUUUUAAAAAAAGUAUUGCUCUGGUAGUAUGUCACAAAACAUUAACAAUUUUUUUUUUUGGCUUAUCUGUUUUUCUACAGUGAGUUAGUAUUAUUGGUAUAUGAUCAAAACAGUUUAUUAAGAACCAAUAACAAGGUUCUGCCUUUAUUACACUAUGUAACUUUGGGAUUCUCACUGGCUUGGGAUCUUGGAAAUCAUAAACAUACCUGGUUCCAGUCCAUACUCUGUAAUUUUUUACUAGGUGACCUGAGACAAAUUACUUAACCUUGCUAAGCCUCAACUAUAGAGUAGAGGGGGAAAAUCAGUCUCACAGGGUUGUAAGAAUUGAAUGAUUCUUCAGAUAAUUGAGAAUUGAUAAUUGAGGUAACUCUAAUUAUCCUACCUUCAAUUUAAAGCACACAUUAUAUAAAGCCUAACAAAUAAA